AUGGAGCCGGAAUCAGACGAUGACCUCCCUCCGCUGAUCGGAGAGGAUGGCAGCGAGGUGAGGGAAGCAAAGGAAGCAAAGGCCGAGGAGGCCAGCGCGGCCCCUCCCAGGCCGGCACCUCGUGCUGCACACCAGCCUUCCGGCCCUUCCGGGCCUUCGGGGCCUUCCGCGCCCUCCGGGCCUUCCGUGAAGUAUGGCGAUGAUGACCUGGACGAUGAAACUGUGCAAGCAGCACAGCAACUGAGAGAUGCCGCCAUUCAGCGCGAGCGCGAAGCCGGAGACAAGGAGGUUUCGGCUGGUGACGCGCUUCAAGCUUUGAUGAAGGAGGCAGAGGAACAGAAAGCCCCCUUCAGGGAGCCAGAUGAGACGACGAAGAGAAUGGUGCAGGCCAUUGCCAAAGAUGACUUCGAAGAAUGCGAGGAUGCGCUGAUGCAGGGUGCAGAUGUGAACGCCGAUUGUGGAGCGGGCAUGUGUGCCCUCCACAUGACUGCACUCAGAGGGGAGAUGUUCCUGUCGGAGCUGCUCAUUGCCCAUGGCGCGCAGAUUAACCAGCGAGACCUGAGCGGCAACACUCCGCUGCUUUAUGCCUGCCACUUUUAUAGGCAGCAUGGGCGCGGAGUCGAGCUUUGCGCGCAGCUGCUUUUCCACAAGGCUGACCCUCACUAUCGCGUGAAAGACGGGAAGCUGGCCGGAAAGAGCGCGCUGGACUUGAUGGAGAAGGCGUGCCUGGAGCCGAACACGGACGAGAACGUGCCUCGGCAGAUGCGCGCGAUGAUCCAGCUGGCACUCGAGGGGUCUGAGACUUCUAUGGAGGCCAUCACCAAAAUGUGGAUCUCAGUGAAAUCGGAGAAGAAGAACAAGAAGCUCUUCCAAGUCUCUUCGAAAAGAGACAAUUUUGAAUACGCCGUGAAGAGCGUUGCCUGGGAGUUGCCCGAGAACGCGAAGAACGCUCAAGGGUAUGCACCUGUCAAGCUAGAUGUUCAGGCUGACAGCCUGAUGGAGGAGCGCUUCACGAUUCUACAGGACUAUCUGUUCAAUGACGAGGGUGACAAGGUGAAAGUGUACAUCACCUUCCCAGACGCUGCGGCUGGCAGUUUGGGCAGGAAGGAAGCAUUGGAAGUCAGCUUCGAAUUCCAAGCUUUCGACCUGAAGUUGCGUACAGGCCAGGAGAGCUUUCGCCUGCGUAUAGAACCGCUCUACGGUUCGGUCGAGGUGGAUCAGUGCAAAUACCGUGCUUCUGAAUCCUCCAAGAAGGUGACAGUUACUCUUGCUAAGCGGCACAAGAACCGCAUCUGGCCAACUCUUCAAAAGGCAAGCAAAGAGGGACCAAUGGAGACUGUGAUCUUGGAGAAGACCAUCAUUAAGUUGGGAUCUCUUUUGGCUCUCGGCUUUGGUGAGGCUGGUGCGAACAUCAUCUCUCACAACAUGAAGGGCUCCGACAGUGCUGGAGUGAAUGCCGUAGUGCCUGGCCUCCGCGUGGAUGCCGUCAUUGGCAUGUGCCGAGUGCUUGACUUCAGCACGGCCACGGAGGUUCUUCAGGGACGGAUCAUGACGUUCGUCAACCAGAUUGCAGAGAUCAUCCACGGCGUUGUGGACGAGUUCCAUGGAGCACCGAACAAGAACAGUGGUGAGCAAUUCCUUGUCAUCUGGCGCAUGGACAACAAUGCCCAGGCCUUUGAGCGCAGAAGAAUAGCCGAGAUGUCCAUCGUGGCCUUCUGCAAGAUCCUAGGUGCACUUCAUCGAUCAGCACUGUUGGCAGAUUAUCGCACGCAUCCUGGGCUGCAAUACCGGCUCUCCAGAAACGGCCAGCUUUCGUCCCAGACGCGGGUCAACCUCAGCUUUGGCCUCCAUGCUGGCUGGGCGAUUGAGGGUGCCGUGGGCAGCGAGUUCAAGAUCGAUGCUUCCUAUGUUUCCCCGAACGUUAGCAUCGCAUCGAGUGUGGAACGCUGCACACAGGUCUACGGUGUUUCUGUCAUUGUGGCGCAAAGUUGCAUGGAGCUUUGCUCGCCGGAGUUGUUGGCAAAGAGCCGACUGAUCGACCGCGUCCUGAUCACCGGCUCGCCUACACCAAUGCAGCUCUAUUGUGUCGACCUGGAUUACUACAGCCUGGAUGUGGACAACUCGGCCAAGCCGGAGAUUCCUCUCAAUACGAAGAACCGCUACCGUGCCCGGCAGUUUAUCGAGUCGCAGAAAGAGCAGAAGCUCAGCAAGGAUUUCCAGAUUGUAAUGGCUUUCGAGGAAGAUCCUUCCAUACACGCUAUGCGCCAGCGGUACACCAUAGAGUUCUUCCAGCUCUUCAACAUGGGGUACCAGAACUAUGCGCAAGGUGAGUGGCUCGUGGCUAGACGGAUGCUGAUGGAGACGAAGGAUUUACUUGGCGUAGAAGAUGGCCCCUCGGCGGCUCUUCUUCGCUAUAUGGAGGAGCCUCACCAGUUUGAGGCGCCAAAGGACUGGCACUCGAUGAGGGAUCUGUCAAGCUUGCUGUGA